CUGCACGCCGGGGCCGCCGUCACCGCGGGGGCCGGUACGGCGGAGGCCAGGCCUGGGCUCCAUCGUCAUCGUCAUCGUCUUGUCCCUCUCGGGGGGUGUGUGUGCGUCCCCCCACCCCACCCCAAAACCCGCCGACCCCGGCGAGCUCCAUGGUGCGGGAAGGCGGCAUGGCCCGUACCCCUUACAGCUCCACGCAGGACAUCCAGAUGGACGUCUUUGACAACGCCACCCUCCAGGGCAAGUACAGCAAGCGCAAGAGCCGCUUCAAGCGCUCGGAUGGCAGCACCUCGUCUGACACCACCUCCAACAGCUUCGUCCGGCAGGGCUCGGCGGAAUCCUACACCAGCCGCCCCUCGGACUCGGAUGUGUCGCUGGAGGAGGACCGGGAAGCGCUGCGCAAAGAGGCCGAGCGCCAGGCCAUGGCGCAGCUGGAGAAAGCCAAGACGAAGCCGGUGGCGUUUGCCGUGCGGACGAACGUCGGCUACAACCCAUCCGCCAGCGACGACAUGCCGGUGCAGGGCAUGGCCAUCUGCUUCGAGCCCAAAGACUUCCUGCACAUCAAGGAGAAGUACAACAACGACUGGUGGAUCGGGCGGCUGGUGAAGGAGGGCUGCGAGGUGGGCUUCAUCCCCAGCCCCGUCAAGCUGGAGAACAUGCGGCUGCUGCAGGAGCAGAAGAUGAGGCAGAACCGCCUGAGCUCGAGCAAAUCGGGGGACAACUCCAGCUCCAGCCUGGGCGAUGUGGUGACGGGGACCCGCCGGCCCACCCCCCCGGCCAGCGGUGCCCUGGACAUGCCUAGCUUUGCCUUUGACCCCGAUGAGUUAGAGGAGGAGGAGGCCAUGGAGACCCACCGCUCCCCUAAGAGUAGCGUGAGCAGUGUCACCACCCCCCCCGCCCACAACAAGCGCAUCCCCUUCUUUAGGAAGGCCGAGCACGUGCCCCCGUACGACGUGGUGCCCUCCAUGCGGCCCAUCAUCCUGGUGGGGCCGUCGCUGAAGGGCUACGAGGUCACGGACAUGAUGCAGAAAGCCCUCUUUGACUUCUUGAAGCAUCGCUUUGACGGCAGGAUCUCCAUCACGCGGGUGACGGCCGACAUCUCCCUGGCCAAGCGCUCCGUCCUGAACAACCCCAGCAAGCACACCAUCAUCGAGCGCUCCAGCACGCGCUCCAGCCUGGCCGAGGUCCAGAGCGAGACCGAGCGCAUCUUCGAGCUGGCCCGGACGCUGCAGCUGGUGGCCUUGGACGCCGACACCAUCAACCACCCGGCCCAGCUGGCCAAGACGUCCCUGGCCCCCAUCAUCGUCUACAUCAAAAUCACCUCCCCCAAGGUGCUGCAGCGGCUGGUGAAGUCCCGGGGCAAGUCCCAGGCCAAGCACCUCAACGUGCAGAUGGUGGCAUCCGACAAGCUGGCCCAGUGCCCGCCCGAGAUGUUCGACAUCGUGCUGGAUGAGAACCAGCUGGAGGAGGCCUGCGAGCACCUGGCCGAGUACCUGGAGGCCUACUGGAAGGCGACGCACCCCCCCAGCAGCAACCCCCCCAACCCGCUGCUGAACCGCACCAUGGCCACGGCCGCCCUGGCCGCCAGCCCCGCGCCCGUCUCCAACCUCCAGGGUCCGUACCUCGUGCCCGGGGAGCCGCCGCGCGAGGGGGAGCCCGGCCACCUCCGGCAGGGCCCGGGCGAGGUGGGGGGCCACGGGCAGGGUCGCCCCCCCCCGCCACCCGCCCGGCCGGCCCCCCGCAGCCUGUCCCGCCAGGACACCUUUGACUCGGAGACCCCGGGCAGCCGGGAUUCGGCCGGCACGGAGCCCGGCGAUUCCUGCUGCAUGGACAUCGAGACGGACCCCGGCGAUGAGGAGCCGUCGGGUCCCCCCCGUGCCGGACCCCGUGGCCCCCCCGGCCACCAGCACCGAGCCAAGGGCCAGGACCGCUAUGGCCCCGACCCGCCGGAGACCCUCGAGCAGAGCGACGUGGAGGGCUGGGGCCAGGACGUUUACAUCCGUUAGGGUGAGGGGGUGCAGGCAGGGGAUGCCCCCCCCCCUCCCAGCACUGGCUUUGGGGUGGGGGACACCCCCACCGGUUGCCUUUGUGCCCCCCCGGAGCGUGGCCAACCGUGCCGUGGGGAGCCCCCGCUUCGCCCCAUGGGCUCCCCCUGCCCCGCUCCUCGGUGUGUGUGGGGGGUCUUCCCCCUCCAACUGCUGCAGCCACCCCCCCCCAAGCAUCUCACGGUGCCUCGGGCCCUCCCCGCCCCACAGGGAGAGCAAGUGACCAAAGGGGACCCCGGGGGCUCUGCCCGCAGCCGGGGUGGCCCCGUCCCCCGGGCACAGGGUUUGGGGGGGGCCACAUGCCCACCCAGCCCUCGCCUGCUGGCUGCCCCCCCCCCGGCCCGGGUGCCCCCGCUUCUCCAUGGUGCUGUUUGCCACCCGGCUGCAGGGGGACCCCUGAGCUGGUGGUGGCAGUUGAGGCGGGGGGGGGGGUCCCUGCCAGCGGUCCGUCCCCCGCACCCGCGCCCCCAGCCAGUGCCUGCAGCCCGGCACUGCACCCCUGCAGGGCUGCGACCCACAGCCCCCCCCAGCAUCGGGGGGUUGGGGGGGGGGGUGUGUGCAUGCGUGUGCGGUGUUUGCAGGGCUUCGGGGUGCUCCAGGCUGUUCCCCCCCCCAGCCCCGGGGUGCUGCCUGCCCGGGGUGGGGGGGCAGUUUGCAUGUGUUUGCCUUGGAGGGGCUCUGCCUGGAUUUGGGGGGGGGGGCGGAAUCUGAGCCAGUUUUGGGGGGGGUCUAACACGUGCUAACAGCUGCCCAGCCCUGGCCUGCCGCAGCCGUGGCAGCACCCAGAGGGUCCCUCUGCCCUGGGGGGCCCUGUGCCGCCCCCUGCCCCCCCUUUCCCUGGGACCACCGGGGUGUGCCGGGCAGCGCCAGGGUCCUGCCUCUCCCACCCCCAGCCCCCCCUGUGCCAACCCCCCCGCCGUGCCUGUCCGCUCUCGCCCCAUCCAGCUGUGUCCGUCUGUCCGUCCGUCCGUGAGCCUGUCUGUCUGUCUGUCCCCCCCUGCCCGGCAGGGCUGCCUUUGCCCCCCCCCCCACCCCGAGCACCCUGGGGCACUGCCUUCUCCUGCGCCCGCCCCGGAGCGUCCCUCGUCCCCCCCCACCUCUGCGGGGGUCACCACACCAUGGUGGGGUGGGGACACCCCACUUCCAGCCCUCGCCGUGGGGAUGGGCUCGCCCCACUUAUGGGGCAGCCCCUUGCCCUGCCCCCCCGGGGUGAUGCUGGGGGUCCCCGGGAUCACUGCCUUACCCAGACCACCAGCCUUGCCAGCCCAGGUCGGGGGGGCGCGGGGGCACCCAGCUCUGCCGCUGCCAAACUGCCUCUGCCCAUUGUGUGCCUCAGUUUCCCCUUUUUUGGGGGGGGGACACACACACACACUCGGUGUCACUGCCUGCCAAGUGCUUUGAGACCCACCUGCCCCAGUGCUCGCCCCCACGGCGGCCGGGGUCCGGGCAGUGGGCCCCCCCGCGGGCAGAGGGACGUCCCGUAUUUAUGUCACUCCACAAACUUUAUUUAAAAGACCCAACAAAGUGUAUUUUAUUUAUUUAUUCUCGUUGGUGUGUGGGGGGACUCACCCCGCUCGCUUGGUUCUUUGUAAUAAACAUUUCAGUGA